CUCUGAUAUUCUGUUUUCCAAGGUCCCUUCCAGCUCUGGCCCUGGAGGAUUCUGUGAAGCGACUAGGGGGUCCCCCUGCCCCCCAGGAGCUCCGUCCUGCCUCUUCCCUGGGAGGGGUCAGGUCUGGGGGCGGCAGGAGCAGCAGCGCCAUGAUCCCCAGGAGCCCCACACUGGGCCUGCUGGCUCUCAGCCUGCUCUACACCCACUUGCCCCCCGCUCCGGCUCUGUCUUGCGAGACGUGUAGGAGCUCGGGGCCGACGUGCAGCGGCAGGCUGAAGGUCUGCGAGGCCGAGAAGGACGCCUGCGUGACUGUGGUGGGCUUGUCCGUCACAGGGAAGAAAAAGUCCCUGGACACCUCCAAAAGCUGCAUCAAGUUCAAGGACUGCUACUCGGGCUUCAUCUCCACCACGCUGGGCCAACAGGACCACAUGGUGUCCAACUCGCACUGCUGCCAGGAGGACGGCUGUAACCAGGGCAGCAUCCCCAGUCCGGAGAACAAUAGCACAGUGAACGGGCUGCACUGCCCCUCGUGCAUGGCCGCCUUCCACGACACCUGCGCCGGGGAGAAGGUGGUCCAGUGCGUGGGCCCCGAGACCCACUGCAUCUACUUCUCGGGGACGGUGCAGACAGGCUUCUUCACCACCAAGUUCGCCACCCGGGGCUGCGCCUCUAAGAGCGCGUGCCACGCGCAGGUGGGCGCCGAGGUGCCCUCCAUCACCUACACGUACGAGCUCCGGAGGGCCGACUGUGUCCCGGCCCAGAAGCCCCCGCGCAGGGUCAGGAAAGGAGCGCGCAGCUCGGCCUCGUGAGCCUUCCGGCGGACCCGCGGCCGAGCCCUCUACUCAGGAAAUGCUCUGCGUGCGUCUCCGGGGAGCCGGGGCAGCACGGCGGGGAGGGAGGGGAGGCAGGGGCGCACGAACCUGGCGCCCUCCCCCUUCGUUUCCAAGGAGAUCCUCUCCCCUCCCCGGGGAUCCCGCCCUCCCCCUCCGCCCCGCCUCGGCACAAAGAAUAAAGAGAGAAACAAGCGCUUCG